GAAGUUGGCUGUGGCAAUGGUGGUGGUGAUGGUGGUGGACUGUCCAAGAGGUUCUGACCGUCCGUCCGACCGAGAGGAACACAACGACGGAGGAAGGACGGUGAUUGUAGAAAACGCCGACGACGCACGAGAUUUCUUGAGCACUCACUGGGUGUCAGUGAAAUUUUUGGACUCAGUCUCAAACGCGAGAACCUUGGAAUGGAGCCUAAAUUCAGAGUGAUCCACGACGGCGUCUUCUGUUUCGUCUGCUAAACGAAGAACCAGUGUCCUUUACGAGAUUAUUUGAAGCCUAGCCAAGAAGAUAGGCUCGUGCCAUAAUUAGGGUUCAGCAAUGCCCAUCAGAUCCUUAGCUAUCCCAGGUUCACUGUGACGUGGUGGUGGUGGUGGUGGCGGUGGUGUUGGUGGUGUUGGACCCGGGGGAGGAAAAGGAGGAAGAGGUGGAAAUAUGCUCGUGAAUAAGGUGCUGCUUUCAGUGGAGGACAGGGGGAGGUGGAAUCAAAAUGCGACCGAACCAUGUGCCAUAUAACAUAUAGCAACUACUUCUAUUACUACUACUACUACUACUGCUACUACUACUACUACAACAACUGCAACGUCUACUACAACGUCUAUUACUAGUCAGUCACUCACUCACACAUUCGCUCAUUACUCAAUCAAACAAUCAAACACAUUACAAGUACUACUACUUGGACUACUACCAAGCAACCUACCAACCAAUCCUACAAAGCUACCAUUCCUCACGCCUUACCACAGAGAGCAUGCAAUUUCAAACGAGCGACCAUGACUUCAGAUCAAGACUCGGGCCUGGAUCAGGAGGAUUGCUGGCCAACAACGGAAUGAUGGGGGGCUCUAACGUCAUGCCUCCCACCUCGAAUCACCUGGAUCAAGAAGAAGGCUCUUCCGAGGACAUUUGGGACUUAGAUAGCCACACUGUCAAACGAUACAGUGUCAUCCCCACCACGCCACACUUUGAGUAUGGCAAUGGGGCCUCCAUUGGAGGCAUGUUAGGUGAUCAUGGGAAAGGCGGGGAAGGGCCUCUCAUUUGGUCAGAGGAUGACAGAUGUAAUGGGGGCAUCAAUAGUGUCGGUGACCUUCACCGGACACGCUUUCGUCCCAGUUAUGCCAAUUAUGGCAGCCCACAGCAACAACAGCAACAACAACACCAACACCAUCAGCCACAAUCCCAAUCUGCUCUGCACCAUGGGCACGAGCACGUUGCCCCGUCGUUGUACGCCCCCUCUUCCCAUUACAACGUGAGUAACCCGGCUUCCGUUCCGUCGCCCUCCACGCCCAAGUGGCAAUCAUCUGGGGCGCCUGUGUCUGACAAAGAGGAAACCAAGAAAUCAAAAUCAUAUCAGUGCAAUGCUUGUGACAAGUGGUUCACGAGCUCCGGUCAUCUGAAGCGACAUUACAAUACUACCUUGCACAAAAAUGCCAUGCGCCACCGUGCGCAAUCUCAUACUAGUGCGGAGGGUGUAUCCCCAUCGUUAAGUAACUACUCGACCGCUACGAACAAUUCAAUGUCUCCACACUGUUUUGACGAACACAGUAUUAAUAAUCAGAAGAGUUUCGAUUGUACUCCUACCUCGCUCCACAAUAACAGCAGCCACUUCAAUCCUUCGCACGAUCUACUUCAUACCUCAGUUACGUCACCGAAUGUUCCUAUUAGCCCCUCUUCGUCAUCACCCAGUUCGAACCCGGCCACUCCCACGACCGGGAACGCCACUUCCAAUGCCGUGACCCCAUCCUCUGUGGGUUCCAAUCACAUUGGGCCUGAGAGUGGAAGUGGCAAUGUGCAAUCCACGCACCUCGAUGGAGGAGAAAACGCCUCGAAUUUUUUCUUUGACCGCAGCAAUAGCAACGAACCGCAACAACAACAACAACAACAACAACAACAACAGCCAUCCCAGCAGCAACCCACCAUGCAAGACUUGACCUUCUCGCAGCAAGUUCACAUGAGUACAAAGCUAGCUGCGAACCGAUGCAACUCUACCAACUCGUCAUUAGCCACCGAAUAUAAUCAAAAUAUGAAAGUGCAAAUGAAUUCUCAAACCUCCCACCCUUGUAUAUACACUCCCCCUCCAUCCAGACCUUUGUCCAAUAUGAAUAUGAAUCAACAGCAGCAGCAACAACAACAACAAAAUAAUAAUUCCUCCUCCCAAUCGUAUCUAAGUGCCAGCCCCUCACCCCAAGUAAGCGGGUUGUACGCCUUGGAUCCUUACCACCAUUCUGUCAACACAAACCAGCAACAGCAACAAGCCCUUCAUCUGCAGCAGCAGCAGCAGCAACAACAACAACAACUUAGCUCUACGGGAGAGAGUGCUUCGAAUCUUCAGUCCCUCCAGACGAGAACCGAUGCCCUGCAUUCAGGCCAUCAUCAGUCCUGUCCACCCAACAAUUAUUCAGAAAAUAUGCUCUCAGCCCCAUCGGACAUGUAUCACGUGCAAUACGGAAGUUAUGAUUAUGGUAACAUGGACGAGUAUAACUCGACCGCCGUGUACGGCAUCAAUGCUGGAAAUGGCACGGGAUAUGGUGGUGCUCAGUUAGGUUUGAAUGCGGGUUUUACGGGGAACAUUGAUGACGACUAUUCUCUCAUGGACAAACUCAACCCGCAACAAAAGGCUCUCGAUGUGAAACCGGCCAUGUCCGGGCAGGAAUCUGCAUCACAUGGGAGUCCGUCGUCAAAUGACGCAGGACUAGGAGAGUACAAGUGCAAUGACUGCAACAAAGUGUUUACGAGAAUCUGCUAUCUCAAGCAGCAUAAUAAGAGCUUCCAUAAUGGAGAGAAACCGUACAAGUGUGGACAAUGUGGCAAGAGAUUUCCGGUGGAAAUGCUUUACCAGGAGCACCUGGCAAAGCAUGCAGGGGACAAGCCCUACAAAUGUGAUGUUUGUCCGAAGCAAUUCAACCACAAGACAGAUCUCAGGCGACACAUGUGCUUGCACACUGGAGAAAAACCCUUUUCUUGCGAUGUUUGCGGAAAAGGGUUCAUCAGAGAAGAUCGCAUGAUAAAACAUUCAGAUACGCAUAAAAAGAAGCAACCGUUGAUGAUUCAGUAAUUGAGAUCUUGUUGACAUAUUGACUAAAAUAAUUGAAACUGAGCUUAAUAAAACAAGUUACGAGUUAA